AUGAGUCAAGGUCGGGGCUUGAAAGACCAGUAUGGAGUGCCUGAAAAUUCCAAACCUAAAAGCGAUGCAUCUAAGAAAAAGAAAACAUCCAAAAAGUCACAUCAUCAUUGCAGUCACAAACAAAACAAUAAUGAUUGCUGCAAAACUGCUUGUAAACCCGACGUUCUAAGAAAUCUUUCAACUGUAAUUCAAAACUGGAAGUUGGGUGAUAAAGCUCCAUGCCACAAAACAGCAAAUAUUGAAAGCACUUUUAAAAACAUUGAGAAACGAAUCAUUCAUGGAAGUGUUGAGAAAGUUUCACCUGAUUGUCAGGCUCCUGGAGGUGGACUAGCUUACCCUAAAGAGACCAAGUUUAUUUUUCAUUAUCAAAUUCGUAAACUGGAUGAAGACCGUACCGUGAUUGAUGAUACCCGUAGGUAUGGAAAAACGAUGGAGGUGUACUCGGGAAAAGAAUUCCAACUGGAGUUUUGGGAACAAUGUUUAGGAACUAUGUUGCCUGGUGAAGUUUCAUCAUUUGUUGUACCACCUGAAAGGUUGGCUUCAUUUCCAGCUGUAAAUAAAAAACUGCGUGAUUACAUGUUAAAUAAAAAAGAUCAUUCUGCAAAACACUGUUGUGGAUUAAUGAGCUUACAAGAGCAAGGUGGUUUGGGCUACCCAGAUCUGGACGAGUUGAUGAUGAAACCUGAAGCACUUGAAUUUAUUUUUGAUUUAGUUAAAGUUGAAAUUCCAGGCACUGGUAGUCGUAAAGAAACAUGGAUAAUGACGCCUGAAGAGAAAUUGGAAACUGUACCGGUUUUACGUGAAGAAGGUAAUCAGUUGUAUAAUCGUGGGGAAUAUAAUAAGGCUGCUGCAUGUUAUAGUGAAGCGUUAGGCAUUUUAGAACAAUUAGUUUUACGAGAAAAACCAGGAGAACCUGAGUGGAUUGUAUUGGACAAGUUACAAAUACCACUAUUCGUUAAUCUUGCACAAUGUCAAUUUAAAGAAAAAGACUAUUAUGCUGUGAUAAAAAAUACUACUGAAGCCUUAUCACGAGAUCCUACAAAUGUAAAAGCACUUUAUCGCAGGUCUAAGGCGUAUAUAGAAACUUGGGACUUUGAUCUAGCUGCUGAGGAUCUACGUAAGCUAGCCAUUUGUCGUCCGGAAAUGAAGAACACAGUCGAAAAUGAACUAAACAUUAUCGAGGCUAAACGUGUCAACGAAGAAAUCAAAGGAAGACAAAAACUAGCUGGGAAACUCUUCGCUUGUCCAAAAUCAGUCGCAGAAUCAAAUAUAUUAUAA